AUGUUGAAAUGGAUUUGCUCUAAAUUAGGGGAAAACGAUAGGGAUGUGCCCCUAUUGAGGGGGAAGAUACACUACCUAGUAGUCAUAUAUUUCUCCACACUGCUGAAGAACGCCAAGGAUGAUAAUAUUCCAGUUGAAACUAGAUAUGCGCUAUUGAUUUUCAUGAUGUGCAUAACAAUCAGCAUGGUGGGUUGCAGUUUGUUGCACGGCAAUCAGACGUACAAGUACAGAUCAGCAUACAGAAGAAUCGAUAUAGCAGGCAUAUUUCUGAUAGUCUCCGGGAAAAUGUUCCCUAUGUACGUGCAUUACAUGAACAAGGACCGGGUUAUGGCAGUUAUGGCAUCGUUACAGUGGCUUAUGACGCUAUCAGGAGUGUUCGGCUCUCUGGUUUUCGAUUACUCCAGCGUGACGAGGGAAGUGAGGUCGGUGGUGUUCUUCCUAACGAGCUCGCCGAACAUGUACCUGUUCUACAGAAUGUAUAGGUGUGGCCAGUACUUAGCCCUGUUUUGCCUCGUGCUCGUAUACUGGUUGAUAGCUUCAGGAGCAAUCAUAUACUGCAAGGAAAAGCUGCGUCUGUUGAAGGGAGUGUUCGAGUUCCACUAA